GGAGCUCCGAAGCCACAAGCACUCAACAAGUGUCGACUUAACUCUCCUCACUUCUUCUUCUAUUAUCCACUCAAUCCCCUCUACGUCCAUGGCAUUUAGCAGCCUCAUCACCUUAUUCUCUAUCUUACUCUUUUUAAUGGGCAUGGCCUCUGGGCAGCUAUCGUCGUCGAAUUUCUACGCGACGUCGUGCCCCACAGCCCUCUCCACCAUUCAAUCUGAAGUAAAUUCUGCAGUGGCUCGUGAGCGUCGCAUGGGGGCCUCAUUGCUCCGUCUCCAUUUUCAUGACUGCUUUGUUACGGGCUGUGACGCAUCUCUUCUCUUGGAUGACGAUUCCACUACUGGCUUCACAGGGGAGAAGACCGCUGCUCCCAACCUAAACUCCGUGAGAGGAUAUGAAGUGAUCGACGCCAUUAAAACUAAACUGGAAACUACUGAGUGCCCUGGAGUUGUUUCUUGUGCAGACAUUCUAGCAGUAGCUGCUCGCGACGCCGUCGUUGCUUUGGGUGGCACUUCAUGGACAGUGCAGUUAGGGAGAAGAGAUUCAACAACUGCAAAUUUUGCUCUGGCUAACAGUGGUGGCCUCCCGUUUUUUGACUCGGAUCUCAGUACCCUCAUAAAAAACUUCACAGACAAGGGGUUUACUGAAACUGAAUUCGUUGCUCUAUCAGGAGCUCACUCAGUUGGUCUGGCCAAGUGCUUGACCUUCAGAAAUCGUAUCGACAACGACGCCAACAUAGACUCCACAUUUCAUGGAUUCCUAAAAUCCACCUGUGAUCAGGGAGGUGAUGGCUUCUUCCACAAUCUUGACAACACAACUGAUACAACGUUCGAUAAUGCUUAUUUCACCAACUUGUUGGACAACAAGGGUCUGCUGCACUCAGACCAAGAGCUCUUCAGUGGUGGCUCCACUGACGCUCAAGUUAGAGCUUACAGCACCAACUCUGCAGCUUUCUUUUCCGAUUUUGGGAACGCCAUGAUCAAGAUGGGGAGCCUUGACGUAUCGACUGGAACUGCGGGCCAGAUAAGGACGAAUUGCAGAAAGGUUAACACUUAGCUGCUGAACGAACCUUUUUACUCCUCCUCCUCCAUUCCAUGUAUUUUGGAGCAACUUUUUCGUUUCCUUGUGCUUGUCCUUUUCCUAGUUUUAUAUGUUAAUAAAGUAAAUACAUCUCUAUAAAACGGUAGAGAGGUGAAUGUGUGAUGUACGUGGUGCCGUUUAAUGUGGUGACCUUUAAUUUACUAUCAAUGGAAGCACUGUUUAGUACUC